CCAGGAACGUAUUCUCAAGUACCUUACCUAAGCCACCCUAGCAAGUACCUCGCUCUCAUCCAUCUCGAUGAUCCAGGAUGAGCCAGGACAGGCACAUUGAGCGGUCUGCAGUGGACUUUCCGCGCUUUCCAUGGCUGGCCACCACCCAUGACGCCCUUCAAACCCACUGUCCUUCAGUGGGCCGUAGCACCUGCCCGCUGGGGUUCUGGGAAUGGCGGUACCUAUUCGAAUGAAUACACGGCAGGUACGUACGGAGUGGAUCACUCGCUCGCCCUGCGGUCUGCCCACAGGUGAGGCACCAGCGAUGGCGGCCAUGGCAGCGAUGCUCCUUUCUGCCCAGCCCGUCAAAUUCGUAAUGCCUGUCGCUCUGCCUUCUUUUCCCACUUAUUCAAUAAAAUUGCCCGACAUUUCCAACAUUCACUUCCUAUCCAGGCUCUCCGUGAGGGAUUCCCCUGGACAAGAAACAGCUCGAGACACCAGGCACCGCGAGCGCCGACCUCAUUUCAUGUUUCAACUCUGUCCAGACCCUUCCCGCGUGGGAUCUUCCCGUUCGUCUUUGCGGCUCAAUCCAUGCCAUUCGUCCGUCCGUCGUCCUUCACCUAUCUCAUCCGAGAAGCCGCACUUUGGUUUGUGUCUUCGUACUCUUCCGCUUCUCACCAAUGUCGGUUUUCGUGUAAUAACAGAGUACACCCACAUUAUGCACUAAACCGCCUCACAUCUUCUGCAUCUCCCCCUUCCAGGCGCAUGGCACUAUCUCCUCCCGUCUUGUUGCCGGCCUACGCCCACAAACAUCCACAAUGUUAAUCAAGCCC